AUGGCAGACAGUUUCUCUGGUUCCCUUUCACGAGAGCAACGGUACUUCUUCGACGCAAUUCGCUUGUUUCCGACGAAAAUCCCCACGAACACAAAAAGAGGGAUAGUGAAAAAGGCAGAGAAUGCUAUGAGAACAAAGCUGUCAAUAAUACAAAAUUUUCUGGAACAUCAUGAUCCGAACUUUGCAGAACUUGGAGAAUUCCCAUUAUCCAAAGCAGCAUUGUUGCCUAAAACGCUAGUGUUGGAGAAAUUUUUGGAAAGUGACAAUGUUGAAGUGAAUUGGUCCCCCGUCGAAGAUGGUCGAACUGCUCUGUCCUGGGCUGCAGAAGCUUGCAGAGCGGAGUCCGUGAAUGCUUUGCUGACCAAAGGAUCUGAUUGCCACCUGAAAGACAAGAACGGCCGCACUGCACUGUCAUGGGCGGCGACACCCAAUGACAGUGAGAAAGCGAACACGGACGUCAUCAGGUGCCUGUUAGGCAAAGGAUCAUGCAUAAAUUCGGAGGACAAUUCACAUAAGACACCGCUAUCAUGGGCUGUUUCUGGGAACUGCACGAAUACGGUGAUUGAAUUACUCAACAACCAUGAUAUUCAAGUCGAUCGACCGGAUGUUUCUGGCCGAACACCUUUGUCGCUGGCCGCACAACUCGGAAGUAUCGAUAUCAUGAGACACCUUGUUGGCAAUGGCGCCAGAGUUGAAUCAAGAGACAGCAAUAUGCGGACUUCAUUAUCAUGGGUAGGAACUGAUAAACACAGAAAAGCCAAUGACGACGUGAUCAAAUUUCUGAUCGAUCAAGGCUCAGACAUAAACGCAGAGGACAUUUGUAAAAAGACACCGUUGUUCUGGGCAGUUUCCGAGAGAUGUUUGAGCGCAGUAGACAUUCUGCUCAAGAACGAUGAAAUCAAAGCGGAUCGACCAGAUAUAAAUGGUCAAACUCCAUUCUUGAAAGCAGCAAUAUCCGGCAAUGUCGAGCUCAUGAUACGAUUUCUCAAAUCAGGAAAAGUCGAUAUAAGCCAGAAUUCUGGCAAUCAAAAGAGCUUCCAGCUUCUCCUGAGGACAAGAAAUACCCUUUUUUCAUCAUUUCCCGAACAUGGGGACACAAGAAUGUUGUCUGAGUUGAUUUUCCGACUACCGGAGACACUCAAUGGUCGAACCCUCUUAUCAUGGACUGCCGAAUACGACGAUCUAGAAAUUGCCAAAUUACUUUUGAAGCAGAAAAAUACAAGAAUUGAUGACGGAGAAGACGAGCACACGACUUCCUUGCUACGUGCGUUGGAAAAGAAAAGCUUGAAUUUGGUGAAACUUCUCAUUCCCCGAGACAAAACUUCCAUGAGGUUGUUGGUCAAGGAAACAGGGAGUUUUGGCGAACGCAAAGCGCUAGAGCUAGUGCGCUUACUGCUCGAGUACAAUUAUGACGCCAACCAUAUCGACGAUAACGGGUAUACGCCUCUCCACCUUGCAUGCUAUAAUGAUAACCCAAGUUUCGUCUCAGCCCUGAUCGCGGUUACAAACCAAGCUAACUCCCCGAACCACGAUGACAAAACCCCAAUGCAGAUCGCGAUUGAAUCAAAAAAUAAAUCCGUCAUCAAGCUCCUUUAUGAGGAAGGAAUCGACUUCAACUCAGAGGAAUGCUCCGACCUUACCGACCUUGAAAGUGAAAGAAAGUCUUAUGUUCGAUUUACAAUAGGGACACAACGCCGAAAUCUCUGCUGGGAAUCAUUUGCCAAGAAUUCAAUUCAGUGUGUGCCGAACGCAGGGGAAAACAGGCUAUGGUAUGGAUCUGUAGACCACUAG